CUCUCAUAUUACAAUCCUAUUUAUGAAAGUUAAACACUAAAAGUAUUUUGACACAAAUAGUUAAUGCUUCCGCUGGCCAUCCUUCGUCUUCGCGGCACCAUUUUCAGCGCAUAGUUAAGUUUAUCAAGUGUGCGAUCAAUUAUCCGUCAGUUGUUCGCUCCCCAGCCUGCGUUGUAUCGGGUUUUUGGGUGCCUUGCAUUCUGCAAGCCCUGUUGCACCGCAAGCGGGCAUGGCCUCCUUAGAGUGUCGCUAUCGUUUCACAAGCAAGGCACAAAGCGGUUGCUCUUUGGCCGCCUUGCCGCGACUUGCGUCCAGCGCAGCAAGCGUUGUUACGGGCAAUUGCGCGGGGGCCACUUUCGGGCCGAAAGCGCCUGUCCGUGUUGAACCCCAUGGACAUCGCUCCACGACACGGGCCUACGCCAACCGGAACCAGGGCGCGGUGUUGACAUACUUCCGAAGCAACUCCGUUGGCGCGAAGGAAAACAUGCCAGCCGCGACGCUGUCGCGGCACCAGGACUCAGUUUUGCUUUUGGGUCAAGAGGCAUUCCUAAGGCAUACUUACUCGCCGGACACCGUUUCAGCAAUAGCGCGUCUAUUGGGCGACCGAGAGGAUGGGAUGCUCCUGGCCUCCGGUCAAGACGGCGUGGUCGUCCUGUCCAAGACAAGUUUGCUGGACGCGCUGAAGGCUGGCAACGAGGCUCACAACCUCGCCGAAGCUUCUGCUGCGCUGGCGUUGCUCCGCGAGUCAGGCCAGUACGGCGAUGUUGUCCGGUACGGCACUUCCCUCCUCAAGUCCGCCGCCUGUCACGACUCUCCGCCAGCCCCCCCCAUUGGUGCUACCACGCCCUCUUCGCCUUUCUCACUUCCAAGCUUCGGCCUCAAUCUACACCAACAGCAUCACCACCAACAACAACCACUAGCACCACACCAGCAGCAACAACAGCAGCAUGCGGUGGUGCGAGGGGCUGACGUAGUUGCUGACGUGGCGCUGUCUGUGGCGCUGUCUCACAUCAGUUUGGCGGCGGAGGCGGGCGGGGCGGAGGCGGAGGAGGAGGAGGCAGGCGAGGGGGGCGGAGGUGCAGCAGCUGGGGGGCUGCAGGACGAGCAGGGAGAAGUCUGCGGUGGGCUGGAGGCGGCUCAUGGUCACUUGGAGGCGGCACUGCAGGUGUUGUGGCGGCACGGGGUGUCUGAGGCGCUGCAACAGGAGGUGGCCUGCUGUCUGCAGGGAGUGGCGGUGGCCCUGGCUGAGGAGCUCCUGCGCGGCACUCCGCCGCCCCCACCGCCCUCGUCAGGGGGAGGAGGCGCACAAUCACUUGCCGCCGCUGCUCGCCGCGCGCGGGCCGUCAGCCUGCUGCGAGGAGCCCUGUGGAGCUGCUCCGAGCCCAACACCCAACACCAGCAGCAGCAGCAGCAGCACACCCAGCAGCACCAGCACCAGGACCCUUCGCAUGGGGCUGUUUCAUCGUCGCCGGCGUCUUUCCUGGCGGCGGCAGCGGCCGGCGUGCUGGGUCCUGCAGCCGCCGCUCCUGGCAGCAGCAACAGCAGCAGCAGCAGCAGUCGUGUGGCUGCGGAGUCCGCUGCCUCUUCCUCUUCCGCCGGCUCCUCCACUGCCAGCUGCUGUUGCGGUCCCUGCUGGCCGCCCGUGCUGAGUGCGGAGGAGCGGUGCGAGCUGCUGGCGCCGCUGAGGGGGCUGCUGAGCGCGGCGGAACACAUCUCUCUGUAUGGCCCGGCAGCCAACAGCGCCCGCAGGCCCUCCUCCUCCUCCCCCGCUCCCGCCCCCGCCCCCACGCCGCCCCUGUGCGACCAGGAGCUGUACGACCUCGCAGUGGCGCACCUGGCGCAGGGGGUGGCUACCGGCUGGCCGCAACACGUGCUGCAGGCACUGUCCUACUUUGAGCGCGUCGCCCACCAACAACAGCAAGGCAAGCAGGAUGACGUCACCGCCCCAUCUGCCGCCGCCGCCGCUGCUGACGUGUCCUUUGAGCGCAGCGUCUGCGAGGCGCUGUUGGGGCGCCGCAGCAAGGCAGCUGGGCCCGAGGAGUACUCCUCCUCCUCCACCACCACCACCACCACGGCUUCUUCAGCAGAAGCAGCACCAGCGGCGGCGACGUCGCUACCAGCGAGCAGCGGAACGGCUGCAGCAGGCAGCAUGGCGCCGUCAGGAGUGGCUGCUGUAGCAGCAGCACCAGCGGGGGCAGCGGUGAGUAAAGCUGGCAGCAGCAGUGGCGGGGGCAGCGCUGAUGGAAGUGGUGGUGAGGAGGAGGAGGAUGAGGAGGUGGGGCUGCUGCGGAGGUUGGAGGCGCAGCUGGCGCUUGCGGCGGAGGGAGCGGACGCCUCUGCUGCUGCUGCUGCGCUGUCGUUUUCGGUGAGGGAGCGCUGCUGCUCCGUCACCGGCGGCCACCACAGCAGCACCAGCAGCAUGGACAGCAGCAGCAGCUGUGAUGAGGACGAGCAGCUGGAGACGAAUUCAGCAAACCCAGCUACCGCUGCCGCCGGGAACCAGCCGCCCCUCGCAGCGCUAUCCGCUGCAUUGGGUGGUAGCGCAGCAGAAGGAGCUACUGCAGGGCCCACCGCAGCAGCAGCAGCGACAACAGCUGAUGACCACUCCCACCUGCACCGACAGCAGCACAAGCACAAGCACAGGCAUCACCGUAGCCAUCAUGGUCACCGCGCCCGUCGUCAUCGCAUGCAUGCACAUGGUGAUGAGGCGGAGGAGCAUGCGGGGGAGCAGGAGCACGAGGGGGAGGAGCCCCACCGGUGUGAGGAUGACGAUGAGAUGACGCGGCAGUACGGCUGGGCGGAGAGCUGGCUGGAGCUAUCCGUGAUGCCGUGCUUCCCCGAGACCGCUGCGGCGCUUGCGGCGGAGGCGGAGGCAGGAGAUGCAGCGGCGGCGGAAGGAGCGGGGGUUGGCAAGAGGAGCAGGAAGGCUGUGUCGCUGGCACGGUGGUUUCAAGACCCACGGGUCAUCCUGUUUAACAAGCUGCUGGCGGUCCGCAGCAGCGAGGCGCAGGUGUCUGCAGCGCUGGGCAGUGCGGUUGCCCACGUGUCGGAGGCGUCACGGCAGCGGCUGUGGCAGCUCUGGCAGGCAGCGGCGGCGGUGGUGGCGGCGGCGGCAGCCAGGAGCAGCAGCUCCCAGCAUCAGCAGCAGGAAAAGGAGGAGGGACAGGGGCAGGGAGGACUGCAGGAGCAGGAGGAGGGGCAGCGUGAGCAGGCGGGAGGCAGCGGAGCGGCGGCAGCGAUGGGCCUGUUGGCGCAGAGUCGCGCGGCGUUGCAGGGAGUCGGUCCGCGAGCAGCUGCCGCGGCGAGUGCGAUGGCCGCCGCCGUCGGCAGCGCCGCCGCUGCCGCCGCCGCCACGCCGCCACGUGCCGUCAGCUCAGCCGCAGCUAACUGGCUGCCGCCGCUGGGGCCGCUGGCUCGCUGGCCGGGGACCGGCGGCGGCGGCGGUAGCAGUACGGCGACUGAGCCUAGGCAGACGACGUCUCCCGCCGCUGUCGCCGCUGGGCUGCUGGCGGGUCUGCGUCGUGCGGCGUCGGGUGUAGUGGCGGCGGCGGCUGGCGACACCGCGUUGCCGCCUCGGACCGUGGUAGCUGGUGAGGUGGAUGCUCCGUGGGUUGGUGCAGGGGACCGGUUGAAGGAGGGUGAGGAGAGUGCUGAUGUGUGCGAUAUCGCCGGUGGAAGGUCGGCGGUGCUCGCUUCGAAUCUCGAUAAGCCCACGACAGCGUCAUUGCAGCAGCAACAGCGGCAAGGGCUGGAGGGAAGGCCAGUGGACACGAUUGGAAGUAGCAGCAACAGCAACAGCCAGGAUGGCCCGUCUCCUUUCCGAAACAACGUCGUGCCGUUUCCUGCUGUGAUGACCCCGAACGAUGGUGACAGCUACCUCAACACGAGCAGCAGCGGAAGCGGCUUCACCCAAGCAUCUGGGGCAACCUCGCCUUUAUCGUCAUCGUCAGCUCCUCUUGCUUCCAACUCUACGCCCGCCGACGUCCUGCCUUCCGUAUCCGGCCAUGCCGACUCUGUCACCGCAUCUACAGAAGCUCCUGCCGGUGCCUCCCCGGCUGCUCCCCUCUACGACGUGACUGCGGGUCCUGACGCCACCGCCGCUGCUGCUGAGGCCGCCGCCGCUGACGCCGCGGCCUCCCUGUGGGUCCCUGACGCCGAGGGCCACCUGCGGCCGCACAUGACGGCACGAUGGCGGCUGGUGCGGCCCGCCGGCUCCAAGCGCGCCUCCCGUGGUGACGGCGGCGGCGAAGCUAACCCCUGGGCGGCGGCAGUGGCGGCGGUGCGGAGUCGGCAGGCGAUGCGGCGGGUGGCGGCGGUUGCGGCGCAGGCGGCGUGUCUGGGGGCGUUGGCGGCGUUUGUGGGGCACCGUGUGAUAACGGGCGGCGGAGGUGCCGGCGUGAAGGCGGCGAUCGAAGCGGCGCCGCCGGCGGUGGAUGCGGCGGCGGCGCAGAUAUCGGGUGCAGCGCGGACGGUGGGGAGGUGGCUUAGGGGCGGCGGAGUGGCGGAGGCGGGGCCGCUGCAGACGGUCGGGCAGGAGGCGGCUGGGGAGCUGGUGGCGACGGCGGAGGAUGCAAGCCGCCUCGCUGCUCGCUACGCCAGCGCAGCGAGGCUAGAUGAGGCGGCCGCUUCGGCGCUGCUGCGCGGCUGGGCGGCUGCGCGCGCCGCCGCGCCCGGUCUGACCGACCCACGGGACCGCAGUGCGCUGCUUGGGUCGCUGCUGGGCGGCAGGGCGCUGCGGAGGGCGCGAGCGGAGGCGGACAGAGAUGCCAGGAUGGGCAGGCGUGUGCAUCUUACCCGUGUAGAGGUGGUGGUGGAGCAGCUGCAGCAACCCCAGCACCCACAGCAGCAGCUGCUGCACCGCGACCGCACGCCCUCGCAGGCGCCCUCAUCCCAACCUGGGCUUCAGCAGCAGGAGCGAGACGGGGAGAAGGAGCAGCAGCAGGUGGAGAUGACGGCUGUGUUGCUGACGGAGGGCUCGCAGGUCAGUCGGGCGGGUCCCGGACCGGCGGCCUUCAGCAGCCGGGAGAGGCUGCAGGUUGUGGUGAGGCGGGAGCAGGCGGGGGCGGCAGCGAAGGGGGCAGGGGCCGUGUGGCGGGUGGUGGAGGUGCGGGAGGCACCGCCUGCGGCGUUCUGAGGUAUCUUUAUAUCUUAAAUUAAGGAGCUGUGGUAUGUUGGCUCGGCGUUAAGCUGGAUGUUGUUGUAGUGGGGAAGUUAUGGAUGGUAUCGGGGCAUGCAGCAUGCACAUGAGUGCGAUGUAAGGCUGAAGGCUGCCCCGUGCACUUUGGUAGCUCAGUUGAUACUGCUUAUGUAUUGCGUUGUGCAGCAUUGGCUGCUAGCAUAUAUUCUUCAAUGCUAUAAUGCUAUUAGCAUCUUGUAGGCUGGCAGUUGGCAUGGCCAUUUGGUGAGCCGUGUGCGUUUCCGUUUGCUGGCAUUCACGGAACGAGUAAGCAUUAUUGGAGGCAUGCGCAUGCAUGGUUGUUGCUUGUCGUACUUGUCGCCUGAUGGCAGGAGUGAGCGAGACACCAGGAGGGUAUUGCCAGGAGGGUUGCCUAGCUGCCUGACAAGGGCAUGUCGACCUCCCUAAUUCGAGAGUUUGGGUCUAUUUGCCGUGUUAUCUAAGGGUUUCCCACCCCUUAAUAGUUUCAUGCAAACGAAGGCGAAUCUAGGGAGGGCACAUAUGCAUUUCCAGAGGGUUUGUUCCAUCCCAUAUGUAUAUAUAUACAUGAGUCUGGCAUAGUGAGGUAUGGUUGGUUCACCCACGCUUCACAACUUGUUCAGGACUUGUACGGUUGGCGUCAAGGCUGUAUAGGGCCUGAGAGCCAGGAUUGUGCAAUAAAAGCAGUCAUUAGUGGAGUCUGGGGGCAGGUGCUGUAGGGUCACCCUUAACGUAAGGGUGUUGGUUGUUGUUGGUUGCUAUUAUUACAGUUACAGUCUGUACGCAUGUGCAGUGUGCCCGUACGAGCCAGGGGGGCCAAGGACACUAUAAAAACCAAAAUCAGUCUGAGUCAGGGUCCCCUACAGGCCUCCGUAUUUUGCUGUGUCAUAGCAGCCUCCGCGUUCCUCGCCUUGCAUGGCAAGGGGGCGUUUGCCUGGUGCGUCACACAUUGACACAUUUCCGGCCAGGCGAGAGUGAGUGGGCCUCGUGGGUUGUGCUUGACAUGAAUGUCACAGAUUGCCUGAAUUGAACGAUUGGCAUUAUGGAACGGAAACGACGGAACGCCAAUCCUUGUUCGACCCAGGGCACUGCAGGCCCUGGGUACGGUAUUGCAGCCCAGACCAUGCGUGGCUUUCCCUGCAGGCAUGCGAAGUUACCACGAUGCAACACGAAAUGUGUGGCGGCCCUCUUUAAACUUCAUGACGGCUAAAUCACGGGUCAUUUCCUUGGUGAUCGCUUAGGCUAGCCAAGCUGCCCCACACCUAG